AUGGCCGAACCGACUCCCCCUACCGAGCUUGGCCGCCUGCGCGUCCUCUCAUCCACUGCUGGCGUUCGUGUCUCUCCUCUUCAGCUGGGUGCUAUGUCCAUCGGUGAUGCCUGGGCUGGCAUGAUGGGCUCCAUGGAUAAGGACUCCGCAUUCAAGCUCUUUGAUGCCUUUUACGAGGCCGGUGGGAACUUCAUCGACACUGCGAAUAACUACCAAAACGAGCAGUCGGAAGAAUGGAUUGGCGAAUGGGUCGAGGCGCGCCAGAACCGCGACUCAUUGGUUUUAGGAACCAAGUUCAGCAUGGACUACCGCAGCUAUGCAAUCGGCAAGGGUUCACAGGCUGCUAACUUUGCGGGUAACUCCCGCCGCAGUAUUCACGUCAGUGUCCGCGACUCAUUGAAGAAACUGCGUACCGACUAUAUUGAUAUCUAUUAUGUUCACUUCUGGGACUACACCACCUCGAUAAAGGAGGUCAUGGACGCCCUUCAUGUUCUUGUCGAACAGGGUAAGGUUCUGUACCUGGGAGCAUCGGACACCCCUGCCUGGAUUGUGGCUGCCGCCAACACCUACGCUAUCGACCACGGAAAAACUCCCUUCAGCGUCUACCAGGGGCGCUGGAACCUUCUAUGCCGUGACUUUGAGCGGGAUAUCAUUCCCAUGGCCCGUCAAUUUGGCAUGGCUCUUGCCCCCUGGGACGUUCUUGGUGGAGGCAAGUUCAAGACCAAGGCUGAGAUUGAGCGCCGCAAGACUGCCGGAGAAAACCUACGUACUUCUGCGGGCCGACUUCCCUACCAGACUGAGGAUGAGAUUAAGGCCAGUGAGGCUCUGGCGAAAGUGGCAUCGGAGCACGGCAUUGAAUCAGUCACCUCCGUCGCGCUGGCCUACGUGAUGUCCAAGGCCGGCAGUGUCUUUCCUCUGGUCGGCGGCCGCAACGCUGAGCACCUGAAGGAUAACAUCCAAGCUCUGAGCCUUGAGCUCACUCAGGAGCAAACUCAGUAUCUUGAGAGCGUCAAGCCCUUCGACGCUGGCUUCCCGCAUAAUUUCGUCCCCACGGACCCGAAUGUUAGUGGUUCGUCAUUCCUGAUUGCGCGAACCAACGCUAUCAAGUUCCCCAACGCCCACAAGCCGACCUCUCUGUGA